AGACAAUGGGGGCCUUUAUAAUGGAGGCGAGGAGGGAUGGCUGCGUUUCUUUUCGUUCGACAUACAAGGUCUCUUGUGCGACAUCCAAAGGACCCUCCCUUAUUCCUUCAUCCAAGUUCGUCUUCGCGCGAAACUCGUUAUGCAUUCGGACCCCACCUAUCCACUCUUUCCCAUCUUUGCAUUCUUCGGGUUCAUCCUUCCCCUCAUUCCUCUUCAAUGGCACCUCGCGGCAUGGAACUCUGGCACAUGCUAUUUUAUGAUAUGGAGUUCUCUCGCAAGUCUUAACCAGUUUAUAAACUCCAUCGUAUGGGCCGACAAUGUUACUAACUGGGCGCCGUGGUGGUGCGAAAUUUCCAUCCGAAUCCAAAUCGGUGCCUCCGUUGCUGUUCCCGCCUCCUGCAUGUGUAUUCAAAGACGAUUAUACCAAAUCGCGAGCGUACGAGCGGUAUCCGUGACUCGCGCCGAGAAAAGACGCGCUAUUCUCGUCGACAGUCUUAUCUGCAUUCUUUUUCCUUUGUGUUUCAUUGCUCUACAAUACGUUGUCCAAGGUCAUCGUUUCAAUAUAUAUGAGAAUAUUGGUUGCGCUCCUGCGAUCUACAAUACUCUGCUCACGUAUUUCAUCAAUCUGAUGUGGCCAAUCGCCAUUGGGCUCACAUCAGCGGUCUACUGUGUUCUCACACUUCGCGCUUUUCAUCGUCGCCGUCUGGAAUUCAGUCAAUUCCUCUCUUCCAACCGAUCUCUGACUGUCAGUCGAUACUUCCGACUGAUGGCUUUAGCCACAACGGAAAUCUGCUGCACGACGCCACUUGCUAUCGUCGUACUCUGUCUUAGUGCAACCUCAGCCCCCAUUGAGCCUUGGCGGAGUUGGUCGGAUACGCACUAUCAAUAUUCGCGCAUCGUCCAAGUCCCUGCGCUCAUCUGGCGCUCAAACAGCAUGCUCGUGGCGUCUUAUGAAACCACACGAUGGGUGACUGUCUUGUGUCCUUUGGUGUUUUUCGCAUUUUUCGGGUUCGCAGACGAAGCGAGGAAGCACUAUCGUGCUCUGUUCAAUGCCGCGCUUAAACGACUCGGAUACCAACGACCGCCCCAACCUCCUGCGAAGGAUGCCUCGUACCAAAAACCUAAACCACCGCAAACAUUUGCGUUGUCGUUGCCAAAAUACUCCACUUCUGAGUCCGCCACCACAGACUCUAUGCCUCUGCACGAUGUCAAGACUCCCCCAACACCCACAACGCCAACUACCACCAUGACUGCGGAUGACACGAUAUCAACAUGCGGGUCUUCGACUCUGCAUCAGUCCCCACGUUUUUCCCAUUUUAAUAAAGAGGAGAAGAAUGAGUUCGACGAGGAACCUGAACUUACUGGUGAUCUGGAAUCUCAGUACCACGCAGUAUGAUAAUAUACUUCAUUACUGUAUCCUGUUCUUCGACUUCAAUGUUGUACAUUUAUUUUACUUUUGACAAGACAAUUAAAUAAACUUGUACUUAUGGAGAGGCAUGCAUUCUUUAAAGUCCCACAACAUCUAUUGGUGCUUCGGCUAAGAUAAGACGUGGAAUUUUAAGCGACUCGUUUGAAGUCCGUAAAAAAAUCCGGCCACCGAAACACCGUCCUAGAAUUUUUUUUUGCAAAGAAUCUUUCGAUGG